GCCUAAACUCCUGACUGUGAUGGCAAAUUGGAAUAUCAGACUUUAUGAGGCGGUUUCUGAAAGCCAGGUGACAUCAAUAUCAAAGUAUCCUGCAGAUACACUGCUGCAACUUGUCCAGGAAAAGGACCUUGAUGUGAGUAAGCUGGUCUGUGCAAAGCUGUUGUCGUUCAUCGAUGGCCGCAGUCACCUACUGCUGAACAACUGCGUCCUGGUGGAGCUUCUGUGGCUUAAUGACGCUGAUAAACCAGAGAUCAUCUCUUCUUGCCUUCUUAGCUUUCCUCCAGCAAUUCAGGAUACAUGCACUGCAUACCAGCUGUGCAGAGGCCUUCUGUUCACGCUCACUAGCACAGGAUUCAUGUAUGUCUUUGACAGCACAAAUGGAAAACACCUGGCUACAGUGGACCUUUCUGCUUACUACCUGUCAGGCCAGGCUGAGGCAGAACCAGUCCAGUCCCUGUCUUCCUUUCACUUGCUCCACAUCUCACCAGACCUUAGUACAGCUGUUGCUGCCACGAGCCAAAAACAAGCACUGGCACUUGAUCUCAAUGAUUAUUUCAGAACUCACCCAGAUCACUUGCUGUGUAAGGAGCUCCCCACCCUUCCUCCUAUCAUACCCUCAAAGACAUUUGACCAGGACAGCAUUGCUAGUGCAGCCUACAGCCAGUCUGUACUGGGCACCCAUUUCCAGACUGACCAGUCAUGGGAAACAAGACUGGCAUUGCUCUACAAGCAAGCCAAAGCUCCAGACCCUCCAGCUUUACUACUGCCGUGGUACAGAGACUUCCCUUGCCCUGAGUACCGUCAAGCUGCUGCCACUACCAAGCUUAAAAAACCCGCAUUACCACCAGGAGGCUGUGUGAUGUCUUUCACGGUGCCUGAUGAGACCACUCCGAAUAUUCUGAUCGUGUCUGAAUUUUCAGCAGUGCUUACCUUUACCUCAGCUGACAACAGCAACACAACCCUGGCGUACUGGGACCUUGAGAGUCAGAAUGUCACAUAUUAUUGCUUAGAUGUGCCUGCUGUUCCUAUUUGCCGGUCAGAGGAGGAACACCUUUCACUGAUACUGAAAGCUUCAGGUUUGUCUUUGGUGCUGUUCACCGUUUCUCAGGAAGAGCUGUUGAACAGAUUAAUGGUGUUUGGAAGUGCUGGCAUGGUGGACUCCUUAUGCCAUCUUAAUGACUGGGGGCGAUGUUCAAUGCCUAUUCAUGCUCUGCAGGCCGGACUGAAGAAUCGGCAGCUGGACAUGGUGGAUUUCUUUCUAAAGAGUAAGGAGAAUAUCCUCUCACCUCCCACAAGCUACAGCCUCCAUGAUCAGGCAGCUGCCCAAUCAACACAGAUGCAGUUAAACAAUGUCCAAGGUCUGUGUCCAGCACUGGAUCUACUUCAGUCUGCUAUCAGAGACACACACAUUGAGGCACAGAGUCGACAGUUCUGUGAACAGCUGCUCAGCAUGACGCUCAACUUUCUCAAUACGCAGAUCAGACUCAUCUCUACCAGUACACCAGAGCUGGAUACUAACUUGCAGGAGUGUGUAAAGAUUUUGGAUGGUUACAUCUCUACACUGCGCACCUAUUUGAAGAAGUACCCUUGCAGUGUGAGUGAGAGUCAGACUCCCGCCUUAGGCACUGAUGCACCAGAUAUGACCACUGAGGAUAAGUGGGAGUCUCUCUCUGUUGAGGAGGUGGUUCAACAUGCAGUCUUGAACAGGGAGCUUCCACGUGCUCAGGCCUAUUUACGCAGACGCAACUGUCCAGAGCAGAAGUUGGAGGAUCUUAGGAGAACAGGCCUGAAACUGGCCUUCACCUGUCUUACUAGACAAGACUUGCAACAGGCCACCACACUUCUGACUAAUAUGGGAUUUAAUGUGAAAGAACAGUUCCACAAUAUUUGUGUGUACACGGCUGAUCAGGAUCUUAGGGCAUUUAUGGUAGAAGAGUUGAAGAGGCAGAAACAUCUUUCUAUUGAGGAGCUGGAGAAAGUGGAGUUUAUUAAACAGAUUGAAAAUUUGUACUCUACUCCAGCAGUGAGAACCUCGAAGAUUUUUGACGAGACGAGGGCUCUUCAGAUAAGCCAGUCAGAAGCUGAGAGCAGAAACCUGAUCCAGGAGAUAUUAAAUGGACCCUCAUCUUGUUCCCUUCAGUCUAUGCUAAACUCAGUGCGUUUGGACUGGAUCAGACACUGGGACAAGGAUACACAGAAAUCUGUGCUGCUUUCCAGACUCUCUGACCACUUGUUGAGUUCCUGUGAGCCUGCUGUGCUGUGGUCCUACCUCACCUCACUUCAUAACCAGGUCCAAGUUACUGCAUGGCUAACACACUCAGCCUCUCAGGACUGUAGGAGCACUGUUGCCACCCAGUGGCCUGCACUGACUGCUUCUGUUGUGGAUGGAAACACCCAUUGUAGUGAUUAUAUGAAGGACCAAAUUUUGGACAUGCUUUCCAGGCAGGGAGUGUUUGUGCAGUCUGAAAUGUCUGAUUUUGAGCAGCUGCUGUGGAGGUUAGGCCAGGCUGGAGGAGUAAUGCAAGGUUCAAGUGGUCCUCCUGUCCCACAAUUUCCUGCUUUCAAUGGGCAGGACUUUCACACAUGCUUUAUACAGCAUUGUUUGGAGAACAGUCUACAGUACCUGCUAUAUGCCUACCUGGAACAUUACAGGCUGACACCUAGUAACUGCCCUGCAGUUGGAGACCUGGGUUUGUAUGAGAGUUACCCCUGGUUUGAGAUGAUGGUCAAACUGCAAAACAUUACAAGAGACCUUAAAGAACCCGAGAGAGUGUUUCAAGCGAGUCUGACAAGUGCUCAGGUCCUGGUACCAGGCAGUCAGGCAAGCGUUAGCAGCAUGCUACUGGAAGGCCACAGCCUUUUUGCCCUUGCCACCAUAAUGUUUGCACCAGGAGGUAUUGAUCAGGUGGUGAGAGAGGGCGAUAAAGGUCAGGAUGUCCUCAGUAGAGUGGACCCACAGCUACUGAGAAUGGCACUAAGUGCAUACCCCAAACUUAAAGCUGCUCUUUUCACUCAAAGUGGCCCGAAAAGCACUGCAGCUUGUGAUAUAUCAAUCUACCACUUAAUGCAGUCUUUACAUCCACUAGAUCCAUCCAAACUGUUUGGCUGGCAGUCUGCAAACACCUUAGGCACUUCUGAUCCAUCUUCAGAGCUUCCCCAUUUUUCCAGCCCCCACCUGGUCAAUAAGUAUGCUCUUAUAGAAAACCUGGAUUUUUUAUAUUACCUGCAACACGGCAGACCUUCCUUUGCCUAUGGAAUUUUCAUUAUUCAGCAUCUGGCCAAUUCCAGCAAUAUCAAGCUGCAAAUAAGUCAAGCUGUGGAACAGGCCUACUUUCUGGCACUUUCAAAUUUCAACACUCCAGCCAUAGCUGCAGCAUGUGUGUGUUUCUGUGAGUUGUUGGGUGUCAGCAGUCUAAAACUGAGGGUGGAUCUCAAAGCUCUCAAUCUCAUCCUCAAACUCUGGAGUCAGAACUGUGAGGACAGCAGCAUAUCAUCCCUCAGACAAACUCUUGUUGACAAGGUAAAUAAGCUUGUAACAGCUGAAAAGCAAACACUGGAGGAAUUGCUGCUGCAUCUAGAAGGUGCAGUGAGGGAUAGUGUGGAGAGCAGAGGCAUCAGCAGGUCUUCCUAUGAGGCAGGACAGGAGUGGGCCCUUCCUGUUCAGUUCUGCCACCUUCACGAUCUACCUCUGAGUGCCAGGUACCCACAAGACUGUGCCUCUGAUGGACAGUGGCUUAACUUUCUGCUGUUUGUGCAGCUCCACCACUAUCCUCCACAACAGGUGAAAUCUCUGGCAGCCAGCUUCAGCCCAUCUCUGCAGGCUCACUUAAUCCUGGCUUUCCAGGACCUUCAAAUAGUAAACCCCACGCAGGGCCGGGAAAGGCAGGGAGAAGUGCUUAGCUGUCUGCCAAAAGAAGAAAGCCCUGAAGGCCCCAAAGACUUGUUCCAGAUUCUGUUUUAUAGCCAAGAGCAUCCCAACCCCUGGCGGUAUCUGCUGACUGACGCUGUUACACUUCAUACUCCACUACUUACUGUGCUGGCAGCUUGUCACCAAGAUGCUGAGCUGCUGCAGUGUCUGUGUGUGUGGAUCUUGACAUCUGUUAAUAGUGAUAUCAUCCAGGAGGCCACCUCCCAUAUCAACGAGAGUCUGGGCCAUCACAUGUGGAACCUUCAUGAUCUGUCCAACUUAUGGAAAACCUUGCUUCAGAAGCACAAGAUCAGACCUUUGAUUCGUGGCUUCCAGCUUUUUCAAAGGGAAUCUCCACUGAUUCUCAUGCUGCAGUUGUAUGAGCUUUGCUACGAUUAUAAAAAUUACCAGGGCGCCAAAGACAAGCUGUUGGAGUUUCAGAAAUGUCUGCUCAAUCUGAGGACCAGUGGCAGUAUGGUGGGUUCAGAUUGUCUCCCAGUACAGUGGGUAGAAGCCCAGGCUUCUGUGCUGCUUCUUACUUUAAUGCAGCAAUGUGAGACGAAGUAUGAGCUGUGCAAACUGCUUCAACUAUUGGCUGACAUGGAGCGCCUGCUUAAGUCUAACGGUCCUGACUUUAAAAAGCUGAGCGAGUUAAGCCAGAUUUUAGCUGACACACCUGUGCCUUUGUCACCCUGCCUGCUGGAGAACUACACCACUGAGACCCUGCAGGCCGAGUGCCAGAAGAUGCUGGAAAUGCUUCAGAAGCUUGGUCUCUUUUCCCAGGCCAGGAGAGUGGUUGAACUGGCAGGGCUACCUAUCGACCAACUGAUUAUAAAUGAACUGUUGCAUGACCUGGAGGUGUUGAAGGCCAAGCGACAGUGGGAGAGGCAAGAGACUCGCCUUGCUUUCUGGAGAAGAUGCCAAGAGCAGUUCAAGGUUGACUGCAUUGGAGCAGAGGCAGGAUGCCAGUUCUUCUUGUCACAGACAGAGGAUCCUUCACAGAGAGGAACAGAGCUUCUUCAGGUACAGGAGCAGUGUCUCUUACUGGCUCUAGCUGCUCAGUGGCUGUGCCAGCGCAUUCCCCCUGUGUCUGUAGAACGUUUAGCUGAGCUGGAAAAGCGUCAGUGGGAACUGCGUGUACGUCGGCUGGUCCUCACCACCGCUCUAGAGCAGCAGAGUCUGUUUGCUCCAGUCGUAGGCCCCGAAAAUGCCUUCGACAGCCUCUUCAAAGAAUACUCUUUCUCCAAAAUAGCCAUUCUGGACAAUCCUACAUAUUUGAACAUUGAUGGGCUUCCAGCGACAGAGGAGGUCUGCUCUUUGGAACAAGAUGAGCGAAAGGCAUUGAAUACUCUCAUCGGCCAGCUGUUGGACGAGGGGAGUGUUCACGAAGCUAGCAGAGUGUGCCGAUAUUUUGGCCUGCUACACAGGGAUGUUUGUCUGGUGUUGCAGUGCCGGGGUUUGGCAUGUGGAGAAAUACAGCCAGGACUGCAGGAGCUUCUCAGUCCUGACCAGGAAAGCAGGGGCAGCCUGCCUAGCUAUUCCAGCAUUGGGAGUUUAUCCUCGUUUGUGGUGGUUUCCUCACCUGAAGAUCAGGUCCUUUCCCAACUUCAGAUGUUAGUCGACCAGUGCCGGCAUGGCAAGAGCUACUGCAAGCAGGUCCUCAGCCUCUACGAGCUUUCCAAGGAACUGCGCUGUUCUUACAAUGAGAUCUCGUCUGAAGAGCCAGGGGCAGUGCUACAAAAAGUUCUCCUUUCCCAGCAGCCUGAGCGCUUCAAGAAAGCACAGGCCCUUAUUAGUGUGCAUGGUUUGCAGCCUGAUUCUGUAGCACACCUCAUCUCCUCCUCUGUACUGGAUGGACUACUGGCUUCCUCACAGGACAGAGAAAUGGAGCGACAUAUUUACAGUCCAUCUGAAGGUAAAGAAGCUUUUCUGCAGCUAGCUAAACUGUGCGGUGACCCCAACUUGGUGGGCGUCAAGUUGCUUGACAGCAUCCCGACUGUCCCGCUAGCAGAACUGGGCUGCACUGUGGAGCUCUUGAUCCUGGCACAUGACUGUUUCAGUGUCACCUGUAACAUGGAGGGCAUUGUCAGGGUCUUGCAGGCAGCCAGACACCUCAGCCACACACACCUGGCUCAUGGGGAGGGAUACGGACUUCUGGUACGAUUACUGACAGGUAUUGGGAGAUAUAAUGAAAUGACGUACAUAUUUGAUCUACUUAACCAAAACCACCGUUUUGAGAUGCUGCUGAGGAAAAAAGUGGAGUCGAACACCAGAUUAAAGACCGCUCUGCUGGACUAUAUUAAGCGCUGUCUUCCGGGGGACAGUGAGAAACACAACAUGGUGGCCCUGUGUUUUAGCAUGCGCCGAGAGAUCGGAGAGAACCAUGAAGGAGCUGCUCGAACACAACUCAAACUCAUCGAGUCCCAACCCUGGGCGGUCACCCCAGAGCUCAAAAGUGGUUUAGAGAAAGCCCUAUUCUUGCUGAAAGAUGCCACAGAAAGCUACUCUAAGGACUCAUGUAUGCGUCAAGCAUUGCGCUGUGUCAAAAUGGCAAAACUCAUCACUUUGCAGCUUCACUUACUGAGUCACGGACAGGAUCUUCGUGUCAUCAAUCUCCGGCCAUCAGAGCUACUCAAUGCCAUAAUAGCUCUGCCACGCUGUUAUCAGGUAUUUGUAGUAGCUGAGGCGUAUGAUUACUGUCCUGAUUGGGCAGAGAUUCUGUAUCAGAAGGUAAUGCUGAAAGGAGACUUCUCGUACCUGGAAGAGUUUAAACUACACAGACCACUUCCAGCAAGUCUGUUCGAGGAAAUUUCCAAAAAACUGUUACUCAACAAGCCUCCAAGCAGUGCCAGUCAAAACCUAAAGAAGCUCCUUCAGUAUUGUGAAGACGUUUACACCCACUACAAACUAGCCUACGAGCACAAGUUUAUCGAUGUGGCCAACAUGCUUCUGCAGGAUAACAAAACCAAUGGUUAUCUUAAUGAUCGACUAAGCAGCUGACCUCCCUUAUUAACACACCUCUUCAAUAGAUUUUUCAGAAUCCAUUUCUUAACUGCAGUGCCACAUUGGAUACUUACACUAGUUACACUGAAUACAUUUUAUACACAUUCUUUAUCUGUAUUUACAUCCAUUUCUUUUUUAAUUAAUAAUAAUGAUACUAUAAUUGUAAUAAACAGAUGUAUCUAAAAAUUAAAAAUAUUAAUAUUAAAAAAAAAUUAAAUUUGCUUACUGGA